UUGUAAAACAAAAUCAGAAUAGAAACUGAGUUCAUUAAAGAAACACAAAGUUUAGUUUUCUGAAAACUUUAAUCAAACACAAUAAAAUGAAAUUCGCUAUUGUUACCUUCUUCACUUUGGCCUUGGCUUUGGGCGUUCAAUCUUCUAUCAUUCCCUGGGGUGGUGUAGUAACACAAAUUGCUGGUCAUCCUCUAGCACACACAUCCGUUAUAUCCCCACUUGGUUUACCUUUGGGUGCUGUUGCUCUUGGUCAUCAUGGACCAGCUGCUGUUGCUGUACACUCACCCGCUUCAGUCGCUGUACAUGCCCCAGUAGCUGUACCUCAUGCUAUUUCUGCUGCAGUACAUGUUCCCGCUGCUGUUCCUCAUGCUGUACAUGUUCCCGCUGUUGUUCAUGGUGCCGGUAGUUAUGUUGCCAAAACUCGUGGUGCCAUUCACACUGCUACCUUGGCCGGUCAUCUUAACUCAGUUGCCAAUGUUAAUGUUGCUCCAGCUCCUGGUACCAUCUAAACAAAGAAUUUCUUUAUCAUAACCAUCACCAUUAAAAUAUUUAAAAUUAGUUCGAUUUUCGUUUAAUGCAGGGUACAUUUUAAUUUAUAUCACAAACUUUCUUUUCUUCAUUAUUUCUUUCUUAAUUUAUUCUUUUCUAUUUCU